AAAAAGAUCCCCCACCAACCCCACCUUCUUUCUCUUUUUCUUUUUAAACAAUAACCCCCACUUCUUCCUUCUUUCCUUCUCUUCCUCUGAAGCUUUGAAAGUGCGUAUUUUCUGUUCAAAUCCCGUACAUUUGGUUGAAUUUUUGAAGUGGGUCUUGGGUUUCAAGGGUCUCCAAAACUUUUCAUACCCCAGAUACUUUUGAUUCCAAAAGUUGGUGUUUGAUCCAAAAGGUGAAGUGGGUUCUGCUUGUUUCAUGCUGAAAGCGCCAAAAAGGUUCCUGAUUUUACAUUAUUACGAUGGCUUGUUCGAUGAAGAGUUGUCUUUACUUUGACGGGUUGAAUAUGAAUGAGACUAUUCUUGGCUCGAAAUCCAGAAGGAUUUGUGGGUUUUGUCCCCCUUUUGGUUCUUCAAAAUCAAGAGCUUUACCCGUUUUAGGUGUCGAUUUUAUGGGAAAGCCCCUGCUUAUGGCAGAUCAAAAGCGUCUACGGGACUGGAGUCCCAAAUCCCCCAGAAAUUUCUCUGUUCGUGCACAAGCAUCAUCAAUCUGUGUGAGCCGAGCUCUGAGAUGGUGGGAUAAGACUCUAACAACCAACAUGGUGGAGAUUCAUUCGGCUCAAGAACUUGUGGAUUCCUUGAAUAAUGCUGGUGAUAGAUUGGUCAUAGUUGACUUCUACUCACCUGGUUGUGGAGGUUGCAAAACUCUCCAUCCUAAGAUCUGUCAGCUGGCUGAACUGAACCCCAAUGCAAUUUUUCUUAAAGUUAACUGUGAGGAGCUCAAAACUAUGUGCUACAGUCUCCACAUUCAUGUCCUACCAUUCUUUAGGUUCUAUAGAGGUGCAGAGGGCUGUGUAUGUAGCUUCAGCUGCACCAAUGCCACUAUCAAGAAAUUCAAAGAUGCAUUGGCAAAGCAUGGGACUGAGCGAUCAAGUUUUGGUCCUGCAAAAGGUCUAGAUGAAUCUGAGCUAAUGAGUUUAGCAUCAAUCCAUGAGAUUUCAAUGCAUUCACCAUUUCCAUCCUCCAGGGAAGAAAGUGUGGAGGAUUUGGUUAUGGAAAGCAUAGGUUUUUCUGGUGUCUUGAGUAAAGCAGGCAAUAAGAUGGAACUCAAAAAGGAGAUGCUUUGUUGACGAUGAAGAUAUCAAGUAAAACAACUUAUUAGAGACAAGUUAUGCAGCAGCAAAGCAGCUCCAUAUUUUUGAAUUGCUGCUUCUGCUUUUUAGCUGUAUAUAUAUAUAUAUUUAUAUAUAUAUAUUUAUAUUUAUUGGGUUUUCCAUAAGCAGGGCUUCUGGGUUUUUUUGAAUUGAGCCCUGCCAGUUUGGUUGAUCUGUUAUUGAGUUGGUCCAUUGGAUAUUAUGAUCUGCUAUAGAAGUUUAAUGCAGAUCCAGCUUGAUCAAUAUUUUGUCUUAUUGCAGGAAGAAAAUGGUAUAAUUCUCAUGUAAUGUUUUAUGUCCUAUAAUGCAAAUAAAUUCAGAAGAAGUGUCUUUCAGAUUA